AGCCUCCAUCGUCAACAACAGCGAAGAGUCGGUAAACGGACAAGCUCCGGGCUCCCCUCAGCGGACCUUCCGUGGACCAGCGCCGCGCGGCGGAGACGCUCAUUGACCAGGUGACGUCAUGGCGGAGGGAGCGGACAGCGGCUCGGUUAACACCGGGAAGAGGAGACAACCGGCGGGGAGGAAGAGCCGACAGAGCCGGGGCAAGAAGCCGUCCAGCCGGGUGAGUCUGGAGAAGGUUUUGGGCAUCAGCACGGCCAGCAGCAGCGGUUUGACCUCUGACCCCAAAUCUGGGCUCAUCGCCUACCCUGCAGGCUGCGUCAUCGUCCUGCUCCACCCGCAGAGGAGCAAGCAGCGCCACAUCACCAACGUGUGCAGGAAACCCUUCAGCGCUCUGGCCUUCUCCCCUGAUGGAAAGCACCUGGUCACUGGAGAGAGUGGCCACAUGCCCUGUGUGCGGGUGUGGGAGGUGGAUGGAGGUCAGGUGGCCGAGGUUCAGUCUCAUAAAUACGGAGUUUCCUGCGUCGCGUUCUCCACCAACAGCAGCUACAUUGUGUCUGUGGGGUACCAGCAUGACAUGACUGUGAGUGUGUGGGACUGGAAGAAAGGUGCCGUCAUCGCCUCCAACAAAGUGUCCAGCCGAGUGUUCGCCGUGUCGUUCUCUCAGGACAACAGUUACUUCGUCACUGCAGGGAACCGACACGUCAAGUUCUGGUACCUGAACGCCUCCAAAGAACGACGGGUGAACAGCACGGUGCCUCUGAUUGGUCGCUCAGGGUUGCUCGGCGACCAUAAGAACAGCGUGUUCAGUGGGGUGGUGUGUGGGCGUGGCCUCAUGGCGUCCAGCACCUAUUGCAUCACCAGCUCCGGUCUGCUGUGUCUGUUUAACAGCAGCCGACACCUGGAGGCCUGGGUCAACCUCAAGUCGUCGGCCAGCUGCUUGGCGGUCAGCGAGGACGUGGUGUUCUGCGGCUGUGCCGACGGGGUCAUCCGGGUGUUCAGCCCCUCCGGCCUGCAGUACGUCAGCACCCUGCCGCGGCCUCACCGCCUCGGGGUGGACCUCACGCAGAUCAGCGUCCCGCUGCCCGCCGGUCCCGCAGCUCGCUACCCCGACACGUGGGCCGUGACCUUUGACCCCGCGGCCAGACAGCUGACGAGUGUGUACAACGACCACAGCGUGUAUGUGUGGGACGUCAAAGACGUGAGGAACGCCUGGAAGCUGUACUCGGCUCUGUACCACAGCAGCUGUGUGUGGAGCGUCGAGGUGUAUCCAGAGCAGACAGACAGGUCUCCGGCUCAUCUUCCUCCCUCCUGCUUCCUCACCUGUUCCUCUGACAACACCGUCAGAGUCUGGACCACCGACCCGCCCACUGGCCCGGGGAACCUCUACAGCAACGACCUGCAGAGGAUCCUGUACGUGGGCGAGAACACCCAGCACCUGCAGGCCGAGGCGGAGCGGGGGGGGGACAGAGGGGGGGAGGCCGCCGUCGGGGCUGAUGGGAAAUCUGGCGUCAGAGUCCUGAGCAUCAGUCCUGAUGGACGACACCUGGCAGCCGGAGACCGCUGUGGAAACCUGCGGAUCUUCGGUCUGGAGUUCCUGGACGAGCUGGUGAAGAUCGAGGCUCACGACUCGGAGGUGUUGUGUCUGGAGUUCUCUCCCACCUCCACAGGUGUGAACCUGUUGGCGUCGGCCAGCAGAGAUCGACUGAUCCACAUCUUCAACCUGGACCAGGACUACAGCCUGGAGCAGACUCUGAGCGACCACUCGGCCGCCAUCACCGCCGUCAAGUUCACUGCCGCACCUGAGACCUGCAGACAGAACGCCCAGAGCAUCAGGAGGGAGACCUUCAUCACCGGACCCUCCUCUCUGCUGCCCCCGGAGGACGACCUCGGGACUCCACCCAGACCGGACUCUGUUCAGGACGCUCAGCUGCUGCAGACCAACGGGAAGCUGCCCAUGUGGUUCAGGAAGCUGCAGGGUCAAGGCGGAGCCUCCUCUGCCGGCCAAUCAGACGCCGAGCCUCGUCAGGUGAGGAGCCGGUGGGCGGAGCAACCGAACCCGCUGACCAUCUGCUCCAACUCCUCCCCGAGUCCCACCAAGAGUCAGGAGGAGGAGGAGGCGCUUGGAGAGGAGGAGGGAGACUUCCACCCUCAGAGUCUGGAGAGUAUGCUGGAAGAGGAGGAGGAAAAUGAAGAAGAGGAGGUGCUCCAGAAUCCAGGAGACGGCAGCAGCUACGUCCUCUACCCCACCACCACCUCCACCAGGGAGUUUGACACGGAGGUCAAAGGUCAGGGGGCGGAGCCUCUGUGGAGUGCUCAGCUGAGUCCAGACUCCGCCUGCUUCGACGGCUCAGUGGGAAGUUUGGAGCAGCAGGACGCGGACACCGACUCCCUCAGUCAGGGCAGCUCGGUGGGCAGUUUGGUUCUGGAGGACGAGGAGGACCGAAGCUCUCUGAAGGACCACUUCGAUACUUUGGGCUCCAGUCUGAGCGAUGAGAAGUUUGACACCGACCCGAGGACUCUGCAGCCUCCGGAGGAGAAGCACUACCUGAAUCCUCGGCUCAGCAUCUCCACGCGCUUCCUGUCCCGGUUCCAGGACCGAAUCAGGACGGGGCCGAGCCGAGCUCCGCCCUUCGACUCCAUCCCGACCAGAAUCUUAGAGGAGAGCAAUGUCAGCAACACAAUGGUGACCUCCAGCCACGUCUCCUCUGAGCCUCCCAGCUGCAGCGACGUCACCUCCAGGACUCUGGGGGUCCAGAACAUCUGUCAGGCCCCUCCGGUCCAGCUAGGGGGGCCUCUGGUCCCCCCCUCCCCCCCCCAGGAGGAGAACCUGUCCUCAGACCUCCAGCCUCCUGUUGGUCUUGAGCUCCUCAGCACCAAACCAGACCCCUAUGAGGACCGGACCAGCAGUGUUGGCCUGCAAGAGAUGGCCACGCCCACCUCGGCGAUGGCCACGCCCACCUCGGCGAUGUCACAGGGCGGAGUCAGGAGGUUCAGCAGCAUCGAGGAGACUCUGGUGAAUCUGACCUUCAGCUCCGCCUCCAUCACGCCCUGUGAUGUCUUCAGGAGCUCCGCCUCCAUCACGCCCUGUGACGUCUUCAGGAGCUCCGCCUCCACGGAGGAGGGCCCAGGAGGACCCGAGACCAGGAUCCACACUGAUCCAGACGCCGACCCGCCGACCUGCUCCUCCUCUCCUCGGUCAGAGAAGCCCCGCCCCCCUUCAUCAGGAAACUUCCUGUCAGAGGAGCCCCGCCCCCCUUCAUCAGGAAACUUCCUGUCAGAGGAGCCCCGCCCCCCUUCAUCAGGUAACUUCCUGUCAGAGGAGCCCCGCCCCCCUUCAUCAGGUGAUGAUGGUGGUGAUGAAGAGUCGGUCUCUCUGCAGCUGUGCCAGCAGGCAGCCAAUGAGCUGAGGCAGACGGCCGGGCGAGCCCUCCAGCUGUACACACAGCUCGGCGCGGCGCCCGGCGGCUCUGAGCGCCGUCUUCAGAUGUCCUCCGUCCUCCAGGGGGCGCUUGACGUCGUUCACUCGGAGCUGCAGGCAGCGCUGCUGGGGGGUGGGGCCUCGGCGCCGCUGGGGGGUGGGGCCUCGGCUGGACCGGAAGACGACGGGAUGUUGUCUCUGCUGGAGAAAUACUCUGAGCUGCUGGUUCAGAUGACCCAGAACAAGCUGAACCAGGUCUGAACCGGGACCUGGACUCUUUACCGCUCAUCAGUAUUCUACCACAAGCACCUUAUGUUUGACGUGUGUCUGUACAUAACCUGGUUUUAUGAUUCUUAUAAUAAAGUGUGGUUUGAUUUAA